AGAGAAGCUUUUAUUUUAGUGACAUGGUCAUAUGUUUCUGUUUCAUAAAGCUAGAAAAUUAUAAUGAGAGAGAGAGAGAGAGAGAAGAAUUGCUUUAAACAGAGAGAGGGCUAGCUAGCUAGCCAGCAAGAGUAAAUGUACUUCAGAGCUGAGAUGAGAAGUAUCAUUUAAAUUUGAUGAUAUUCCUCUAGUACUGGAAGUGAUAUUGAUCUUCGUGGGUAAACGGGUAAUGGCUUUUACAGUGGAGAGAUGUGAUGUAGAGAUGGUGUUCUCUGUAGAUUCACAGAAGGCAGUUCCUGCACCAUUCUUAACCAAGACUUAUCACCUUGUUGAUGACCCUAUCACUGACCACAUAGUCUCUUGGGGAGAUGAUAAUACCUCCUUCGUUGUGUGGAAACCUCCUGAAUUUGCAAGAGAUCUCCUCCCCAAUUACUUCAAGCACAACAACUUCUCAAGCUUUGUUAGGCAGCUCAACACUUAUGGAUUUAAGAAAGUAGUUGCAGAUAGAUGGGAGUUUGCAAAUGAGUACUUCAGAAAAGGAGCAAAGCACUUAUUAUCUGAGAUCCACAGGAGAAAAACACCACAGCACCAGCACCAACACCAACCAGUACUAGCUCAUCAAAAUCUCCAACAAGAAGAAAGUUUUGGCCGGAAUAUUAUUGAUCAUCCAAUAUUUCCAUUAUCUCCAAAACCCACCACAGAUCUCCUAAGAGCACUUUCUGAAGAUAAUCAGAGGCUGAGAAGGAAAAACUACAUGCUUUUAUCAGAACUUUCCCACACGAAGAGCCUCUACAAUGACAUUAUCUACUUCAUCCAAAGCCAUGCAAAGCCUGUACCAGUAGUGCCCUAUGAGCAAAGGGGUUAUAGUUCAACAACUCCUAAGAUUGUACAAUUGGGUUCUUGUCAAGAUCAGCAAAUAAGCUCUAAAAAUCUUGGUUUGGGUAAGUCUUCACUGACUUUAACUGAGGAAUCAAAUUAUAGACCAGUGAAGCUUUUUGGAGUCCCUCUCAGUGGCAAGAAGAGGCUGCACCCAGAAGUGAUGAUAGAUCAACAAUAAUUAUACUAGUGCAUGUGUAGGGUCUUCCUUGAUUAUUGAGCUUCUAUAACAAUAGAUUGUAGGCUCCAAGUUGUUUUGGGUAAGAUUUUAUCACAGGAGAUAAGCUUUGUAGAUAAGAGGCUCAAGUUCAUCAAUUGGAGUCAAUUACGCUCAUGACCAUAAAAAAUCUUGGUUAUGUCUCCAUUGAUAA